ACCCAAAAUUUUACAUAACAAACACCACCUCAGUCGACGAAAAGAGAGAAGUGAUUACUACGUGCGGCGAUGGAAGCAAAGCUCGAUUUCCGCCAUUUCUUCCUUGUCAUGUCCAACUCCAGAUGUCAUCCCAAGAAGAUAAACACUUAACAAUGUCAAACAAAUUCCAAACCCUAGGAACCCAAUCUCCCAAAACCAAUUCAUAAACCAUAAACAAACACAAACAAUUCACCUUCACACACACUCCAAUUCAUAUCAACACACAAUCACUCAUAUAUAUACACAUAGCAUAUUCAAGCCCCCCCUCGCAUGUUACAAUGCCGGGACUCGAUGGCUUCUUGAGAAACUCUCUUUCCUCUGAGCAAUCUCAAACUCGAGUCCCAAUCGAUUUCGACGCCAAUUCGAUUUCCUUUCUCGGUGGUCUAUUCCUCGAAACCACUGUUUCUUCUUCAAUUAUCGAUUCAGUUUCCACGAGAACUACUUCGAAUAGUGCUUCAAAUUCAGUACAUUCGUCUAGUUCUCGUCAUAGGCCGGUGGUUUUGGGGGUUUCCAGGCGGGAAAGUAGGGUUCCGGCGACGGUCGGCGGUGAAUUUUUGUCUGUGAGCUUGUCAAUCAAGAGAAGCGACGAGCUUCUUCAGAAUGGAGAGAAGAACUCGGAGGAAGAGGCGAUUGCUAAUGCGGUGGUUGAAAUGGGCAAGAAGCAGAAGGUUGGAUUACGGCGACGUGGCGCGAUGAACACCACGAAACAUCUUUGGGCCGGAGCUGUUGCCGCCAUGGUGUCUAGAACUUUCGUUGCACCACUUGAGAGACUAAAGCUGGAAUAUAUAGUUCGUGGUGAGCAGAAGAAUCUCUUCGAGCUGAUCAAAGCCAUUGCAGCUUCACAAGGCUUAAGAGGGUUUUGGAAGGGGAACUUGGUUAACAUUCUUCGCACAGCUCCAUUUAAGGCAAUCAAUUUUUAUGCUUAUGAUACAUACAGAAAGCGACUUCUCAAAUUCUCCGGGAAUGAAGAAACCACAAACUUUGAGAGGUUUAUUGCUGGUGCUUCUGCUGGCAUUACUGCUACUGUUCUGUGCCUACCACUGGACACCAUCCGGACAAAGCUGGUGGCACCUGGUGGGGAGGCGUUGGGUGGUGUAAUUGGUGCUUUCCGCCAUGUGAUUCAAACUGAAGGGUUCUUUUCUCUUUACAAGGGAUUAGUGCCCUCCAUUAUUAGUAUGGCUCCUUCAGGUGCAGUUUUUUAUGGUGUGUAUGAUAUAUUGAAAUCAGCUUAUUUGCAUUCACCUGAAGGAAGGAAAAGAAUUCAGAACAUGAAGCAACAGGGUGAGGAACUGAAUGCUUUGGACCAGCUAGAGUUGGGAACAGUGAGGACCUUGCUGCAUGGGGCUAUUGCUGGUGCUUGUGCUGAGGCCGCUACCUACCCAUUUGAAGUUGUUCGGAGGCGGCUUCAGUUGCAAGGUAAAGCAGCUAAAUUAAGUGCAUUGGCUACUUGUGUCAACAUAGUGGAGCAAGGAGGUUUUCCAGCUCUCUAUGCAGGAUUGUUCCCUAGUUUACUACAGGUAUUACCUUCGGCUGCUAUAAGUUACUUUGUCUAUGAGUUCAUGAAGAUUGUUCUCAAAGUGAAAUGAAAUCAGUUAUCAGUUUGUUAAGAUUUCGUGCUUCGCAAAGAUUGCUCUCAAAAUGGAAUGAAUACAGUUGCCAUUGAUGCUCUCUUUCUCUGUCUUUAAACUACUGAAAGAAGAUCAUGGUGCAGAUGUCAUUGCGAAUUCCUUCACUCUGUUAGUCACUGAUCUUUUUUUUUUGGGUAAAUUGUCAGUCAUGGAUCUUGUUACUUUCAUACUUUAUAAUCUCAAUUUUCAUGAUGAAAUAGUGUACUGGAAAAUUUGGAGAGAGUCUCGUGUACGUGUCUAGCAGUGGUCAAACAGCCUCACUGAUGAAUGUAUAUGGUUCGAGUAUGGCCAAGCAUACAAGAAAGAAUUUUGUUGGUUUUUAUUUA